AUGAUAAAUGUUAGCUGUUGUUCUCACUCAAGAUGUUCUCUACACCACGCACUUCCCAUGCUAGCCAAGGAUUUGACGUACUUGGCUCUGCUACCGGAAAGACCGAGAUUGACAACCUCCUCUAACCUAUACCUGUCGGUCUGUGUCAUCGAGCCGCUAACGUGCCGGACUGGAUGCAAGGUGUUCAGGAAGUCCGUACGUUGGUGUCCUAUGCUUCCAUUCGUCGCGUUCAAUGCGUAUUCCUCCAAAAGACCUUGCAUUUCUCUGCGGUAUCUUCGGGAAAACGUCCAUCGAAGUUCGCAUGAAAGCAUGUGUUCUGUCCUGAGUGUUUCCUUUUGCUGGAUAAUAUGUUGCGAAUUUUGGUCCCUGAUUCCAGAGCACCACAUACCGCCGGUAGCUAGACAUCCAAUUCCUCCCUCUCUGUCACUGUUCGAGACAAUUGCAAUUGCAAUUACAAUACUGGUAUGUUCACCGUUCAAUUUACCAAGAACGGCAUUAUCUGCUCACUGUAUAUUGAUCCCUCAUUGGAGAGACGCCUUUCGGCCAUUCCUGUCCUGCCGCUUCACAUGUACUUUGCGGGGAUCUCCCCACUCCGCUUGGUCGUCGGUUUUCGCUCUUAUUCCCGUCCGAUUUACUUGCGGCGAGAACUCCAUUGACAUGACCCUUGUGUUGAACCUGAACCUACGCCUUAUACAUCGAGGCGAGCUAGAAUCUGCUGACGUAGCUUCUGAGGUGAACCAGUCCCGAGACGAACAUAUCCUUCCACGCUUGCUGCGCCACUCUCACAAGCUGCCGUCAUUGUCUUGGUUGCUCGGCCCGCCGGGCUUCGAGACAUUUUGGGGUACAUGCUGUACAGAACACAAACAUUGGGACGAACGAUAUAUUGAUGAUGGGAGAAUACAUAGUGCUCCAAGACGCCACAACGGUGCCAUUGCACAGCGUCAGAGAGACACGCGUCAAGCAUUUCCGGCGUCAGGAUAUCUAAAGUUCUGGAUUUCUGCGAAAGUGGACACAAGAUGAUGCAUUUUUAGUAUGUCAUGCCCGAACAUUGGCAGAGGAAGCAAGGAACCAGAAGGGUCAAAGUAUUGGAGAAGCAAGGGGUAUGAGAAGCCACUUGCGCGACUUAGUCCUUCGUAUGUGCAUGUCAUUCGUACGAGUUGGAAGGAACCCCAUGACUGUCACUCCAUCCCGAGAAUAGACAAUAGAGUCCGAG